CUGUCUCCCAUCACCCCCGGAUGGGACCAUCUAGUUGCAGGGAAACAAGCUCAGGGCUCCCACUGAUUCUACAUGAUGGUGAGUUGUAUACUGAUUUCAUUAUAUAUCACAAUGUAAUAAUAAUAGAAAUAAAGUGCACAAUACAUGUAAUGUGAUUGAAUUAUCCCCAACUCCCUCCCUGCUCCCAGGUCCAUGGAAAAAUUGUCUUCCAUGAAACUGGUCCCUGGUGCCAAAAAGGUUGGGGACCACUGUUUGAUAGCAUAGAAUCUAAGUAUGACUUAGGGUCUCGGGGCACAGGCGGAUUCCCUGUGGAAGGAAACUCACACCUGUGUGAAGGCCCCAAGGAGGACGAUGUUUAGCAAAAUUCCAGGAACUGAAGGAAAGCCAGAAAGGCAGGAGAUGGGGCUGGGGAUACACAGGGGCCGCUCAGCAGCCAGAAGGGAAGCCUCUUCCAGGUCCCCUGCAUACUGGCUCACCCGCCCUGCCCCAACACACCUGUCCCCUGACGACAGACCCUGGCUCCAGCAGGUCUGGCCUGGGAGGACUUCGCCCAGAGGCGCAGAACAUUGUCAAUAACCAGGGAUGGGGGAGUCACCCCACACUGCCCAAAGAGCAGCCUGGACACCCCGGCGUGUGGAGCUGCUGUGACGCUACUAUACAUGCUUCAUUUAGUAUGCGCCAGAGCAGGAGGAAACCAGAAUGCCAAACUGGCUUCGGAUGAGGCCAAGUCAAAAUAAAUAAACAAAUAAAAGCAUCAAUCAACCGAAUUGAUUUUUAAAAUGUAUUAAAUAACAUGUUGCAUGUGGCUAAUAGACAGGACAAACAUCCUGAAGGUGGUUGGCAAACCUCUAAAGUUUGGGAAAUGAUGAGGGAAUUUGACACAAAGACCAUCCUUAGGAGGACUGACAUUCAACCAUGGCGAACGUGUGGGACCGAGGGCUGGGGGCGGUGCCUCCUGCCUGUAAUCCCAGCACUUUGGGAGGCUGAGGCUGGCGGAUAGCUUCAGCCCAUGAGUUCAGCCUCAGCAACACAGCGAGACCCAGUCUCUACAAAAAAAUACAAAAAUUAGGCGGACAUGAUGGCAUGUGCCUGUAGUCCCAUCUACUCGGGAGGCUGAGGUGGCAGGAUCGUUUGAGCCCAGGAGGUGGAGUUUUCAGUGAGCUGAGAUUGCACCUUUGCACUCCAUCCUGGGCGACAGAGUGAGACCCCGUCUCAAGACAACAGCAAGGACCUGAACUCAGGUUCCCUCAGACUUUCCCCACCCAGCUCCUGGACCCACCAGAAUUCAACGUGUGCUCACUGAGCACCUCUAUGUGCCAGGCCUAUGCCGGGCCCCAGAGACACAGCAGUGCCCAAAAGUAAUCACCCUCUGACCUUCCAGAGCUGGCAUUCUGCGGAAGAGAUAGACAACGAUCAGAAAGGCAACCAAACAUGUGACCACAGAUCGGAUAGUGAAGGAACCACAGCGAAUGCAAGGUCGGGCAGUGCUGGGUCAGGCUGCCAUUUCAGAAAGAGAAGUCACUUGAGCUGAGAAUGGAAGGAAGUAAGAGAGGGAACUCUGUGGGUUCCUGGGGAAUGCGGGUCCAGGGAGACCAAAAUCAAGUGCAAAGGCCCCUGGUGAGAAUGUACUUGUUACGUUCAUGGAACAAGAAGGAAAGAAGCAUGUCUGAGUGGAGUGAUGGAGCCAGAGUAGCAGCCCACAGAAGCUCAAGUGCAGAGGGCCUUGUAGGCCGUAGGCAGGACUGGACCGUUUUGUUUGUUUUGAGACAGAGUCUUGCUCUGUGGUCCAGGCUGGGGUGCAGUUGCACAGUCUCAGCUCACUGCAGCCUCCGCCUCCCGGGUUCAGCCUCUGCCUCCCGGGUUCAAGCGGUUCAAGCACGCACCAUCACCCUGGCUAAUUUUUGUAUUUUUAGUAGAGAUGGGGUUUCUCCAUGUUGGCCAGGCUGGUCUUGAACUCCUAACCUGAGGUGACCCACCUGCCUCAGCCUCCCAAAGUGCUGGGAUUACAUGUGUGAGCCACCCUGCCCAGCAAUGGAAUUUAAUCCUAGUAUUUUAUUUUUUAUUAUUUUUUGAGAUGGAGAUUUGCUCUGUCACUCAGGCUAGCCUCCUGGGUUCAAGCAAUUCUCCUGCCACAGCCUUCUGAGUAGCUGGGGUUACAGGCGCCUGCCACCACCACGCCCAGAUAAUUUUUGUAUUUUAGUAGAGACAGGAAUUCACCAUGUUGGCCAGGUCGAUCUCGAACUCCUGAGCUCAAGUGAUCUGCCAGCCUCGGCCUGCCAAAGUGCUGGGAUUACGGGCAUAAACCACCUUGCCCAGCUGGGAUUUGGACUUUCAAAGAGCACAUUGAGAAAUCGCUGACGGAGUGAGCUCGGAGGGGUGUGAUGGGGGGCUUGAGGCUUCAGAGGCCAGCUGGCAGCUGUGUGGAUGGUGAGCACAGGCCAUCAGUGGAGACACGGACUGGGCUUGGGAGGCCCUGGCCAUUCUCCAAGAGAGGAAGUAGAGAUGGAGAGAGUGGUGGGGUCAGGACCCAUUUUGGUGGAGGAACUGACAGGACUCAUCUGAGGAGUCAAAUGUGACUCCAGACACUUCGUUAAGAGGUCAAAGAAAGCAGGAGGGACCGGUUCGGUGGAGAAAGCAAGCGUGAUCUACUCCGGCCAAGUUCAGGCCUGGGGAGGCCAAGCCAAGGAAAUGUCAGAGCACAUAACAGUUUAAUCCUAGUGUUUUUUUUUUUUUUUUCUUUUUUGAGACGGAAUCUCGCCCUGUCACCCAGGCUAGCGCCUAGUGCCACAAUCUCAGCUCAUUGCAACCUCCAUCUCCUGGGUUCAAGUGAUUCUCCUGCUUCAGCCUCCCAAGUAGCUGGGAGUACAGAUGUGCACCACCAUGCCCAGCUGAUUUUUGUAUUUUACUAGAGACAGGGUUUCACCAUGUUGUCCAGGCUGGUCUCGAACUCCUGACCUCAAGUGAUCUGCCAGCCUCCGCCUUCCAAAGUGCUGGGAUUACAGGUGUGAACCACCUGCUGCUGACUCAGAGAGAUGGGGGCAGACGCUGAGAUGAUGUCUGCCAGGGCAGGAAGGGAGGUGAGAAGGUCUCAUGUGCCAGGAGGGCUGGGCCACCAUGUGUGGGAGGGAGGACACCCAGGCACCAGGCCAUGGUCAUGACACGGGCCUCUUUGUCCCUCCUGGUCUGCCAACCUCCUUAGUCACUCCUGAUGGAGAUGACCCAUCUGUCCCUGGCCUGCCUCCCACCCUGUCCCUGGGACGGUGCCUGGGGCAGGAGGCUCCAUUAUCCUACUUGAUGAAAGAUCUUCCACCCAGCACUGGCCACUCCAGAGCCUCUUCCCGGGGUGGCUGAUGAUGCAUGGCCCAGCUCUUGCGACAGGCCAGGGGUGGAGAUGCACUGCACUGCUGAGAAGUGCUUUCUAGGAGUUCAAAACCAGGCAACCGAGCAAGACAUUGUAUGUAGGAAAAAAAUGUUUAAAAAUAAGCUGGGCACAGUGGCUGCUGGAAACAGAUGCUGGGUGCCGCAAAGAAAAGUCAGUACUGAGACAAAGGAUCUCUCAGCAAAACAAUGUUUACUUUUUUACUUCCUGUAUGGCAGGAAGGGGACCCUUGCUAGCCAUCUUGCCACGAGAGUAUAACGAACAAAGGAAAAGCAGACAUGUUUAUCCCUUCGCAUUUGGGGUCGUCCUUACUGCUGUGUCUGAUCUCGGUUUGCUGGAGCCAGACCUCACAAUUUAAACUAAAACUCAACUGGCUACUAACUUACAGCUUCUCUAAACAGGUAAAAGCAAUGGAGAGCUGGGACAUGCCUGUGAGCACGUCCAGCACAGAUACCUUGGUUAAAGUAUAGGCACAUAGAAUGUACUACGUGCCUGUAAGCAUGGCAUCUCCAACAGCUGCGUAAGAUAGGGCUUAACAAAGAGUUAUUAGCAUACUUAUGGUUUAUUGUUUAACAAGAAGGAAAACUUUAAAGAGGAACUUUCCUACUUCCCACAGUGGUGCAUGCCUGUAGUCCCAGCUGCUCGGGAGGCUAAGGCAGGAGGACGGCCUGAGCCCAGGAGUUUGAGUCUGCAGUGAGCUGUGAUUGUACUCCAGCCUGGGAAACAGAGUAAGACUCAGUCACUAAAAAAGGCUGAGUGAGGUGUCUCAUGUCUGUAAUCCCAGCACUUUGGGAGGCCAAGGCGGGCAGAUCACCUGAGGUCAGGAGCUCGAGACCAGCUUGGCCAACAUGGCAAAACCCCUUCUUUACUAAAAAUACAAAAAUUAGCCAGGUGCGGUGGUGCACACCUGUAGUUCCAGCUACUUGGAAGGCUGAGGCAGGAGAAUCACUUGAACUCAGGAGGAGGAGGUCGCAGUGAGCCUAGAUUGUACCAUUACACUCCAGCCUGGGCAACAGAGUCAGACUCCAUUUCAAAUAAAUAAAUAAGAGAAGAAAAAGAAAAAAAGGAGAAGGAAAUAGCCAAGCCUCUUUCUUUCUCCACUCGUCUUGCUCUCAACUCCAGGCUGCUCCUUAAACAGGAGGUGACAACCUCCCUCACAAAUUAAAAAAAAAUUUCUUUUAAUUUUGAAAUAAUUAUCACAGGAAGUUGCAAAGUUAGAACAGGGAAGUCUGGCAGCAGCUGGGCUGAACACCGCUUCCCACCCUAGAGCUGGGUCUGCCUGGGGAGCGGGGAGGAAAUGACAGUUGUCCCAAAGGGCCUCGCUGUGAAGCUCAGGCUGGGGCUGAGUAGCCAGAGGUGUGUGAUUGAAUGUCUCCAGGGAGUGCUGGGUCAGCAGGGCACAUGACAAUGUGUGGAAUAAUGACAGCUCACUUUUAUGGAAAGCCAGUUCCAAAGCAGCCACCGUGCAAAGUGCCGUAGGGGCUGGGGACCUGUCACAGCACAGCCCUGACGUCGUAGCAGCAAUCUUAUUACCACCCUGGAAGGGGAAACUGAGGCAAUGUCACAGCGGAUUCACGGCAGAACUGGGACUGGAACCCAGGUCACUUUACUGCAUGCUUGUCGUGGGAUGUGCGGGUUGCUGAGUGUAUCACGUGUGUGUCGCUAGCCCUGUGAGGAAGCCACUAUCGUUGUUCUCGUCUUAUUACAGUCCUGGGCAGAGGUCAGGGGCGAGGGGGACACAGCCAGGCUGGGCGUGGCCACCCAGGGCUCACAGGGACUCUGUUAGUUGCCUGGUUUCACUGCUUCUCUGGCAAGGGGCUGACAGUCAAGUCACCAAAAAAGGAGACCAAUGACCUGUUUGGAGAAAAGGGCGAAGGAAAAGGGAAAGCGCAGAGGCUGCGUUCUCAGGGGUCCUGCUCCUCCUCCCUUGUCUUCUCCAUGCAGCCCUUGGCCUCUGAAAUCAAGACACAUCCACAAGCCCGUGGUCCAAUCUCCUCCUGUUACAAGACUAUGAGCCAGGCCUGGCGCUGUGGACUGCAGAAACCUCAGCUUCUCCUCCUAGGUGAGGAGCAGGGAUUCAAGUCCCAAAGGGUCCCCUGCCUGAUACCUUUGGGGCCUGGUCACCUGGCCUGGAGUCCCACAUUGAGAUUGCUGGGAUUAAAAAAAAAUUAUGGCUAGGUGCUGUGACUUGUGCCUGUAAUUCUAGCAUCUUGGAAGCCUGACGCAGCGGAUCGCUUGAGGCCAGGAGUUCGAGACCAGAAUGGGCAAUGUAGAGAAUCCCCAACUCAACAAAAAAUAAAAACUAAAUUAGCUGGGUGGUGCCUGUAGUUGUAGUUACUCGGGUGGCUGAGGAUCACUUGAGCCCACCUCCAGUUCGAGGCUGCAAAGAAAAAAAAUUUUUUUUAAUUUUAUUUUGAAAUAAGUAUAGAUUCGCAGAAAGUUGCAAAGAUAGAACAGAGAAGUCUGGUGUGUUCUUCACCCAGCGUGCCCUGAUGGUUACUUUUUAAAUCAUUCGGGUCAAUAUCAAAACCAGGAAUCUGACAUCGGUAUGAUGUGUGUGUACAGUUCUAUGCCAUUCUAUCACAUCUAGAUGAAUAUAACCACCACUGCAAUCCAGAUACAGAAUUAUUCUGUUACUACAAAGACCUCCCUCAUGCUAUGUGCCCUUCAGUCAUACACUUUUCCCACCAUCCCUAACCCCUGGCAACUUUUCAUCUUCUCCACCUCUAUCAUUUUGUUAUUUCAAAAAUGUUACGACCAGGCGCGGUGGCUCACACCUGUAAUCCCAGAGAGCAGGUGGAUCACUUGAAGUCAAGAGUUCGAGACCAGCCUGGCCAACAUGGUGAAACCCUGUCUCUACUAAAAUACAAAAAUUAGCCGGGCCUGGUGGUGGCAGGUGCCUGUAAUCCCAGCUAUUAAGAAGCUGAAGCAGGAGAAUCAUUUGGACCUGGGAGGCAGAGGUUGCAGCGAGUUGAGAUCCUGCAACGGCACUCCAGCCUGAGCAAUAGGGCGAAACUCCAUCUCAAAAAACAAACAAAAAGAAUGUUACAACACAUGUGAUCCUUGGAGACUGUUUGUUUUCACUUUCUGUACCGCUUUUCAGAAUUCCCCAGGUUGUUGCCCGUCUCCUAUUCACACCUCACUCCUUUCUAUUGCUGCGUGGUACUCCAUGGCAUGGAUGUAUCAUAAUCACAAUCUCAUGGAUGAGCGACUCACCUGUCGAAGGAGGCAUUGGAUGUUUCCAGUUUUGUUUUUUUUUUUUGUUUUGUUUCUUUUUGAGACAGAGUCUCGCUCUUGUUGCCCAGGCUAGAAUGCAAUGGUGCAAUCUCAGCUCACCGCAACCUCCACCUCCCAAGUUCAAGCAGUUCUCCUGCCUUAGCCUCCCGAGAAGCGGGGAUUACAGGCAUGCGCCACCAUGCUCAGGUAAUGUAUUUUUAGUAGAGAUGGGGUUUCACCCUCUUGGCCAGGCUGGUCUUGAACUCCUGACCUCAGGUGAUCGCGCCUCGGCCUCCCAAAGUGCUGGGAUUACAGGCGUGAGCCACCAUGCCCGGCCUGUUUCUAGUUUUUGGUUAUUACAAAUAAAGUUCUAUGAAUAAUUGUGUGCGGGUUUUUGUGUGGCCAUACUUUUUCAUUUCUUGAGGAUAAAAUGCCCAGGAGUGCAAUUGCUGGGUCAUCUGGUAGGUAUCUUUUGUUUAGUUUUUCAGGAAACUGACAAAAUCUUUUCCAGAGUAGCUGGAUCAUUUUUGCAUUCCCACCCACCCCAUGUGAAUGAUUCAAGUUCACGGCAUCCUCACCAGCGUUUGGUGUUGUCGUUAUUGGUUUUUUAAUUGUAGCUGUUCUAAAGUGAUAUCUUGUCACGGGUUUCAAUUUGCAUUUCACUAGUGGCUGGUGAUGUGGGACAUCUUUUCAUGUGCUUAUUUGCCUUCUGUAUACCUUCCUCAGGAGCAUGCGUCUUCAUGUCUUUUGCCUGUUUUCUAAUUGGACUGGUUUUUAUUUAUUUAGAGACAGAAUCUCCAUCUGUCACCCAGUCUGGAGUGUAGCUGGAUCGAGGCUCACGGAAACCUCCGCCCCCUAGGCUCAGAUGCUGCCAGGGUCCCUGAAGAGGGAAGACUCGCGGAAACAGGCUUCCUUCCGCCCAGACACGACACCAUGCAUCUCCUCGGCCCCUGGUUCCUGUUCCUGGUUCCAGAAUACUUGGCUUUCUCUGCCUCAAGUGAUUGGCAAUUUCAGCAUCCCAAAGCCCUCUACGCCUGGGAGGGGGCCUGCGUCUGGAUCCCCUGCACCUACAGAAUCCCAGAUUUCGAUGAUGCUCUGAAAACGUUCGUCCUGUUCCACAAUCCUAACUAUAACGACAAAACCAAGCGCUUCGAGGGGACCAUACUCUAUGAAAACAAAGAGGAUGGAAAGUUUCCUUCUGAGCAAAGGGUGCAAUUCCUGGAGCCUGACAGGAAGAACUGCACACUGAAAAUCAACCCGGUAUACGCCAAUGACAGUGGUCUGCUGGGGCUGAGGAUGGAAUCCAAGAAAAAUAAUAAAUGGAUGGAAAAAACACACCUCAGUGUCUCUGAAAAGCCCUUUCCACCUCAUAUCCAGCUCCCUCCAGAAAUUCAAGAAUCCCAGGAAAUCACUCUGACCUGCUUGCUGAAUUUCUCCUGCUAUGGGUAUCAGAUCCGAUUGCAGUGGUUCCUGGAGGGGGAUUCAAUGACACAGUCUGUUGUUACCCUGACCUCCUUGGUCCCUGACUCUGUCUUCACCCGGAGCGAGCUCAAGCUCAGGACACAGUGGAGUCACCACGGGAAGAACGUGACCUGCCAGCUCCACGAUGCGAAAGGGAAGGUCCUCUCCAAAGACACAGUGCAACUGAAUGUGAAGCACGUCCCGCAAUUGAAGAUCAAUGUCACUCCCAGUGAACCCACGGUAAGGGAGGGGGACUCUGUGACCAUGACCUGCGAGGUCAGCAGCAGCAACCCGGACUACAGGACUGUAUCCUGGCACAAGGAUGGGGCCCUGCUGGAGGGACAGAACACACUCACGCUACAGCUGCCGGAAGUGACCAAGCACCAGAGUGGGACGUACUGCUGUCAGGCCUCCAAUGACGUGGGCACAGGAAUGUCAGGCCCAGUGGUUCUACAAGUGAAGUAUGCCCCAGAACCUUCCAGCGUUCAGAUCUCCCCGUCACCGGCUGUGGAGGGAAAUGAAGUCAAGUUUCUUUGCGCAUCACAGGCCAAUCCUCCUCCAACAAAUUACACAUGGUACCACAACGGGAAAGAAGUGCAGGGAAGGACAGAGGGGACAUUCCGCAUCCCUAAGGCCCUCCCCUGGCACACCGGGACUUAUUCCUGCGUGGCAGAAAACCUUCUUGGUACUGGACAGAGGGGCCCGGGAGCUGAGCUGGAUGUCCAGUAUCCUCCCAAGGAGGUGACCACAGUGAUUCAAAACCCCACGUCGAUUCGAGAAGGAGACACGGUGACCCUUUCCUGUAACUACAAUUCCAGUAACCCCGGCGUUACCUGGUAUGCAUGGAGAACUGGUAGCACCCGGGAGGAGUCAUCGUCUGGGGUGCUGGAGAUCCAAAACAUUGCCUGGAACAACAACGUCAUCAGCUGUGCAGCUUGUAACCACUGGUGCUCGUGGGGCUCCCAGGUCACCCUGAAUGUCCAGUAUGCCCCCAGAGGCGUGUGGGUCCGGAAAAUCAAGCCCCUUGCCGAGAUUUACUCUGGGAACUCAGUCAGCCUCCAAUGUGGCUUCGCAAGCAGCCAUCCCAAAGAAGUUCAUUUCCUCUGGAAGAAAAAUGGCAACGUUCUGGGGGAAGAGAGUGAGCUGAACUUUGACUCCAUCUCCCCAGAAGACGCCGGGAGUUACAGCUGCUGGGUGAAGAACUCUGCAGGACAGACGGCAUCUGAGCCCUGGCCGCUCCAAGUGCUGUAUGCACCCCGGAGGCUGCGUGUGUCCAUGAGCCCAGGGAACCAAGUGAUGGAGGGGAGGAGGGCAGCCCUGACCUGUGAGAGCGAUGCCAACCCUCCCAUCUCCCACUACACCUGGUUUGACCAGAAUAAUCGAACCUUCCACUACCCCGGCCAGACGCUGAGAUUGGAGCCAGUGGAGGUGGAGCACUCGGGAGCUUACUGGUGCCGGGGGACCAACAGUGUGGGCGAGGGCCACUCGCCCCUCAGCACCCUCACUGUCUACUAUAGCCCAGAGACCAUCGCCAGGCAAGUGGCCCUGUUUCUCGGGUCCUGCCUGGCCAUCCUCAUCCUGGCGAUCUGUGGGUUCAAGCUCCAGCAACGUUGGGAGAGGACACAGAGCCAGCAGGGGCUUCAGGAGAAUUCCAGUGGCCAGAGCUUCUUUGUGAGGAAUAAAAAGGUUAGAAGGGCCCCCCUCUCGGAAGGCCCCCACUCCCUGGGAUGCUACAAUCCGAUGAUGGAAGAUGUCAUUAGCUAUGCCACCCUACAAUUUCCUGAGACGGAUACACCACGAACUGGAGAUGCAGAGUCCUCAGAGAUUCAGAGACCUCCCCGAGACCGCGAUGACUCAGUCAUUUAUUCAGUGUUGCAGAAGCGGCAAGCGGACGACUAUGAGAACGUGGUUCCAGAUUUUCCAGAGGAUGAGGGAAUUCAUUACUCGGAGCUGAUUCGGUUUGGGGUCGGGGAGCGGCCUCAGGCACCGGAAAACGUGGACUACGUAAUCCUCAAGCACUGACGCCGGACGCCCUACUGGGAGCAGCAGGGGCCAGGGAAGUCCCAGAGCUUCCCCAGACGCCACCACACGGCUUCCUCCUUCGUGCACACGCACACACAUUCACAUCUGCACAUACACACACUGCAGAGAACCUUGUGCCUGGCGCAGAGCCAGUCUUUCUGAGUGAGGGUAACCCCAACCCUCCACUCUCCUUGCUGCCCAGAAGCCCAUCUAAAGGCUUGCCCCAAGAUGCUCACCUUCCUGUGCCCCGCCCCCGGCCCACAGGCUGCCACCUGUCCCUCUAACCCCCACCCCCACCCCACCCCAGCUGCUUGUGUCCCUCUGGGAUCUGCCCGUCAUCAUUUUUCCUUUCCUCCUCCAUCUCUUUGGCCUGCUACCCCUGAUCUGACAUCCCCACUCACGAAUCUUACGCCCAGUUUCUGCCUCUUGGGGGUAAGCCCAGGAAAGAACAGAAAUAAGGUAGGAAGGGGCCCAGUCCUGGCCUGGCUUCUCCUCUGGAAGCGAGGCAUUGCAUGGGGAGCAUAUGCCACAGCGGCUCCUCGCCUCCGGGAACUCCGGGUUUGACAUGGACACACUGGUGUGGAUAAACAUGUGAUGGAGACAGAGCUCACAAUAAAAAUGGCUCAGAUGCCACUUCAAAGAA